GUCCGCAGCUACGCAUGUACGCUUUGUCCCUGGAGCUAAUGUUUGCUACUGCAGCUUAUUGUUGUCUUCUUCCGGGCUUCUGCUCAUGGUGUGUUUUGUAUCUGAACGAACACGUGUAUUUAGUGACAUUAUAUGAGGUCCCAAUCGCUGUUUUGAAUGGACAUUUGAGCCUGAACACCUUAACGCGUUUGCUAUAAAGGCGACUGAUGAGUUACUGUUGGCGAAAAUGAAUCUGCUAACCUAGCAGACAAUGCGGACUUAACGUUAAAUCAGUAGAUUUAGCUAUGGCGCUCAGGACGCAGGCUAUAAUAAAUGAGGAUGUUUGUGUUUUACUGCGUGUAAAGAGCAAAACAUUUUCACAGAUGUAGCAGAAUACCAAAGGAUUGAACAUGUCUACCACCAUGAUCAAAACAAGACAAACGGAGAAGGAAAUCAAUGGAGUCAGGACGCAGGUCAUCUGUACCGAAUUCAGCAAUUAUAUAUUCAUAGUUCUCACACAAUAUGGGAAGAUUGGAACGUUGGUGUCCGUCACACCAGAAUCCAAAUCAAGUGAUGUCAGCAUGCCAAUGUUCACCACCAAAGUACUGAUGGGAAAAGAUGAGCCUUUAACACAUGUGUGUGCCAAAAACCUGGCAACCUGUGUGUCACAAGAGGCUGGCAACAGGCCUGUGUUGCUGGGACUGGCCCUUAAGGACUCCUCUAUAGAGGCUGUGAAACUCAUGAGAGACCUCAUCAAAAGCUGUCAAGUCUGGUAGCAGAUCAUGAGUCAGGCUGCCAAAGGAUGUCAAAGACUGUAAAAAAAAAAGUUUAAAAAGACACAACUGUCUAAUGUUUGUCAUUUUCAUGUUGUCACUUCUUUAACUAUGUGUUCCUUUUAAGAAUAAAUUGUUGUCAAUUCGAGAUCAAUGUAAUAAAUGGCUUAUGCUGACUGAAUAUGUAUAUGAGCACCAUUUGAUUUAUAUUCCUGUCCUUAAAUGAAACAUCACCGACUUUGAAUGCAUGUCUGCAUUGCAAUGCAACCCCACCCUGCGUUCCUUCUCAAGAGUUCUUCCUUGCUAUUUAAGGGAGUAUUUUCUUGCCCUCUGUGGGGCUAGGGUCAGGGUCAUAAAUAUAUAGCCUGUUAAGUCCUUAGAGACAGUACCUGUGAUUAAGGGCAAUACAAAUUAAAUUGAAUGUCUGAACUGGGUUGACACUAUCAAAUGUCAUCAAUGAUCCGCUUCCACCAUUGAUUAUUCAACCUAAGUCUGUAUCUCGCUGUAUUACAUUCUGGAAUAAACCAUCUAUUCAACCCUUUUA